GCAACCACCUCAACCGGCGUCAUCCAUCUAAUAUCGGCACACAAACACAGAAAACGACGUCGUUUACUGCCUCCUCACUCAUUCCAUUACCUUACCCCAACUCAAAAGUCUCCUCCUCUCACAAACUCACCCACACAACACAACAAUCUCAAAACCUUUCUACUUUCUCUGCUGCUAAUAAUAUCUUCUUCACAUAUAUAGCUCAUCGCUCUGCUCCGAUCGGAAACCGCCUCUCUCUUCACCCCUCGUUUUUUGUGCUUUCUAAUGUAAUCUAAUCUCCCUUCCUUCCAAGAGAGGAAAAAAGGCGGCUCCUUUUUGUUUUGCCUUUUUUUUUAUUUACCGAUGAAUCGAACGCCGGCAGCGGCGGCGGGAGCUGGCGGAGGAGGGAUGGAGUUGCCAAUCAUACACGAAAGUGAUCGCUACGAUUUCGUCCGUGACAUAGGCUCCGGGAAUUUCGGUGUGGCAAGGCUCAUGAGGGACAAGCUCACCAAGGAGCUUGUUGCUGUUAAGUACAUCGAACGCGGUGAUAAGAUUGAUGAAAAUGUUAAGAGAGAAAUCAUUAAUCACAGGUCUCUAAGACAUCCUAACAUCAUCAGGUUUAAAGAGGUCAUUUUGACACCUACUCAUUUGGCAAUCGUAAUGGAAUAUGCAUCUGGAGGAGAAUUGUUUGAGCGAAUCUGCAAUGCAGGGCGUUUUACUGAAGACGAGGCUCGAUUCUUCUUUCAACAACUCAUAUCUGGGGUCAGCUAUUGCCAUGCAAUGCAAGUAUGUCACCGGGACUUGAAGUUGGAGAACACUUUGUUGGAUGGAACUUCAGCUCUUCAUUUGAAAAUAUGUGAUUUUGGGUACUCCAAGUCUUCAGUGCUUCAUUCACAACCAAAGUCAACAGUGGGGACUCCAGCAUAUAUUGCUCCAGAAGUGUUGCUAAAGCAAGAGUAUGAUGGCAAGGUCGCGGAUGUUUGGUCAUGUGGAGUAACCUUAUAUGUGAUGCUAGUGGGAUCAUAUCCUUUUGAAGAUCCUAAUGAACCUAAAGACUUCAGGAAGACAAUUCAGAGGGUCCUCAGCGUCCAGUACUCUAUCCCAGACUUUGUUCAAGUAUCUCCAGAGUGUCGCCACCUUAUCUCAAGGAUCUUUGUUUUUGACCCUGCUGAGAGGAUCACCAUUCCUGAAAUCUUGAAAAAUGAAUGGUUUCUGAAGAAUCUUCCGGCAGAGUUGAUUGAUGAAAAAAUUAUGGGUAACCAAUUUGAAGAGCCAGAUCAACCCAUGCAGAGCAUUGAUGAGAUCAUGCAGAUAAUUUCAGAAGCUACAAUACCACCGGUUAGGGCACAUACGUUAGACCAUUUUAUGAUGGAUAACAUCGAUGUGGAUGAUGACAUGGAUGACUUGGACUCUGACUUCGAGCUUGAUGUAGAUAGCAGUGGGGAGAUAGUAUAUGCUAUAUAACUUGAGAAGUCUUCAUCUGCAUUUGAAAGACAUCAUAAUGAAAGGAAGUGAAUUCAUCAUAGUGUUGUUGCACUUCAUGGCCUUCUUCUCAGCAUCAAGGAAUGAGAAAAUGGGCGAAGACCAUAGUUUCUGUAGACUAGCAUGGACAAACACCGAAGUUCAUCAUGUUAAUUUAUAUUUGUGUGCUUCUAGGAACUGCCACGAUCCACACCUUCACGAUACCAUUUUAUAUUUACGGCAG